GUAAACAACAAGUGAAUGAAUCAGUGAUAAUGGAUGCUGACCACAUGCUUUUACUUUUAAUCAGCCUUUUAAAAUAACUUUGCGAUCAAUCGCACAAUUUUCUACAGUUUUCAUAUUAAUUCAAGUUCAGAGCGUACGCGUGUUUAGUGUUAGAUUGAUGUGAAAAUCAUUUUCACCCUGCACAAGUCUGAUUUCAACAUGAUGAGGGCGCGGAGCAGCUCAGACAUCAAGUAACUAUAGAAAUUAAGAUUACAAGCAUUGCCUAGCAUAUUGAAUCUAGAGCAAUGUCAUCUCUUAUUUCGGCAGAGGUAACUGCUACGUGCAACGCCCUUGGGUUCAACGAUGAGAUUAUUUACAACUUAGAUCCAUAUUGUAAAGAAUCCAUCAGAGAUCUCAUUCGAUAUCUUCGACGUGACUCUGAAAAUCAUGAAAUCAGGAGACAGCUGGGCUCUUCCAAAGUUUUAGAGAAGGACUUGAUUCCCAUCCUUUGCCAGCAUUCCUCCAAUGAAGAACUGUUUGACCUUAAUCUUCGUCUUCUAAUCAACUUAAUGAGCCCAGUUAUACUCUUAUAUAAAGAAGAAUUGCCAUCUGAAAAAGUUUCAAGAAAUUACUACCUUCAGCUUCUCUCACAACUGCAAAGUGCCAAAGCAGCUUUUGCAGAUGAAAAGAUAUGGAAAGUUUUGGCUGAUAAAAUGGGCACCAUCUUAAAACUAGAAUGGGCAGAUCGAGGUGAGGAGAAAGGCUUCAUUAUCGAGAGGAUUUUAAUCUUGGCACGAAACGUUCUGCACGUUCCUGCUAAUUCGAAUGAAGAAAAACGACCGGACAGUGAUGCUAGCAUUCAUGAUCAGGUGCUGUGGGCAAUGCACACUUCAGGCCUCAUAGAUCUUUUUGUGUACCUUGCAAGUUCAGAAAAUGAAACCCAGUAUUAUUUACAUAUUUUGGAGAUUAUUUCCUUGAUACUGAGAGAGCAAACGCCAGAAUUUUUAGCAAAUGUGUCUGCCAGUAGAAGUGCGGAAGAGAAAGUGAAGGAUAAUGCUGCCUUGCUAGUUGUUAGACAAAAAGAAAUUGAAGAGAAAGCCGAAAAAAUGCGAAAAUACGCUGGAGCCAGGCAUUCAAGAUUUGGAGGGACUUUUGUCGUUAAAGGAAUCAAAUCAAUCGGAGAUCGAGAUAUGGUCGUACACAAGGCUCCUAAAGAAAUCACCCAGUUGACUUUUGAUCAACAUAAGGUUCAACCGAAAACGCCCAAAAAUCGAUUGCCGAUGCAAGACACCCAAGAAGUCAGAAAGUCGGCGUAUAGUAUUCGUCUAUUUUUAAAAGAGUUUUGUGUCGAAUUUCUGAACGGCGCCUACAAUCCAUUCAUGUUUGCUGUUCGAGAAAAAAUUUCAAGAGGUAAGGCGCAGCCCAAUGAUGAGUCCUACUAUUUUUGGGCUCUAGCAUUUUUCAUGGAGUUCAAUCGUCUCUACAAAUUCCAAGUCAAAUUAGUCAGUGAAACUCUGUCAGUGCAUAUCUUCCAUUUCGUUCAGAGCCAGCUGGAAACCUGGAUGGAAAUGAUGAUCACAGACAAGAAGAAGAUUCCCGUGUGGUCGAAACGAAUGCAUCUAGCAUUGAAGGCCUAUAAGGAAUUGCUGAUGACUUUGGCUGAAAUGGAUCGCAGCUCUGACGAGGGUGUGAGAGCCUCGGCGAAAUCGAUCAAAAGCAACCUAUUCUACGUCUCCGAUUACAGAGAUUUGAUUUUCGUCCUUUUCACAAAAUUCACACCUUUAAAGUUCACCAGAUCUUACCUCAUCGACCUCGUAGAAACGGCACAUAUAUUCAUGAAGCACUUGGAAGCUUACUGUAAGAACACCCAUCAUAUGGUCGUACAAACCAGCAAGAAAACCGGCAAAAAGAAGAAGAAGAAGAAGUCGAAAAAAGGCGCCGGGGCCGCUGCGAAGAAAGCCUCGGCACGUGACUUGGAGAUGGUCUGGGAGAUGGUGGGUCCGGAGGUCUCGGCCCUGCUCCAGAACGAGGAUCUCAUCCCCCGCGACGUGGUUCCCUUCGACGCCACCCUCGAGAUGAGCAUGGGCGAGCAGAAGGUCGAGGCCAUGAAAAAAGUUCGCUCGCUACUGAAGAACGGUGACGUAGAUCAAGCGGUCGGUUUACUCAGAGCCGCUCGCGAGGUCUGGCCUGAGAACGAUUGUUUCGGUAAUGACGACAUGGAUUCUUCGGAAGAAUUACUGGCUAUUCGGGAGAUCUUCAUGACUGACAUCGGUGAAAUGACAGUGGCUCCUGAUCCAGAUUCUGACGACAGCGAUGAUUCCUCCGGAAUAGAUGAUGAAGAAAGAGACGAAGGGAUGGACGUUUCUGAGCAGAACUUCAGUUUUAUCGAUUUCGUGAGAAGAUUUGCGCGGCCGACUUCAAUUCAGGCUUGUUGCACCCUGCUCGAGCAGUUCGAGAAGAAUUCGGUGGCCACGAAUCAUCAACUAGUGAAAUUGUUGCACAGGAUCACUUUUGACUGCAAACUACCGGCUUUGAUCUUCCAAGCCUCUGUUUUUAGAACCUUCCAACGCAUCCUCAACUCGAAGAAUCCUACUCACAAGGAGUUGCAGAAAUUUGCUGUCUACAUAAUUCGCAGAUUUACAGAAAUAUCCAAGACGAAUAAACUAGUUUUCAUGGAGUUGUUGUUUUGGAAGACCGAGAAGACAGCUUUUGAGAUGGAAGCAGGCUAUGGGCAAGAGGCGCCACAGCGAGGUUCCCAGAACCGCUUUUGGACCGAGGAACAAGAACAUGAGCUCCGCGUCCUUUUUGAGGAAUAUGAGCGUGACAAGCCGGAGGGAGAUAUGGUCGAUUGGAUCAUGAAGAAUUUAAUCAACAAGGAACGGACAAGGAGAAAUGUCAUCAAAAAAUUGAAAGAAUUGGGACUAAAAGCAACCAAAGUACCCAAGCCUCGCAAAAGCAAACCAAAAACGAAGAAUCAAAAGGCGCAAGAAGAUUUGCUGAAUGACAACAGUGAUAGCGACUCUAAAUCAGAUGCCUCAGACGCCGAAGGUUCACAGAAUGAGAGAGCUCCUUUUAAAUCCGGACCAGCUCCUUUAAAUACCGGUAUGUUUGACACCUCCGAUAGUGAUUCAGACCCAGGAGUUUUGAAUGAUGACAAUGGUGACAUUUUCCCGGGGACCUUGCCGAGCCACAGAAGUUCUAUGCGCUCUGAUUCUGACAGUGAUGAUGAUGCUGUAGGGAGAAAGGUAACAUCUCCAACACAAAACUCUCAACGCACAGCAAGUGACUUCUCAGCCACCCAAAAUUCCCAAAGAAGUAACAACUCGGACAUGGAUGAAGAGACGUUUUUCCGAAGCCUCAACUCAAAUGCUGUGGAUUCUCAAGCAAGAGCUGAAAACCCCCUUCCAGUUUCUGACAAGAGUGAUGAUGAGAAUUCCGAAAGUUUCUUUUUAAGCAAUGCUUCAAGUUUCAAGUCGGGUCAAAGUCAGUCUAAAGGCACUUCCAAAGUGCUAACAGACUCGGAGGAUUCUCAAGCAAGAGCUGAAACCUCCCUUCCAGUUUCUGACAAGAGUGAUGAUGAGAAUUCCGAAAGUUUCUUUUUAAGCAAUGCAUCAAGUUUCAAGUCAGGUCAAAGUCAAUCUAAAGGCACUUCCAAAGUGCUAACAGACUCGGAGGAUGAGAGCAAAACUCCGACAAAAUCACCUCUGAAAGUAAUUUCCAAUUCUAACAAAUUCUCAACCUCCAAUUUUGUUGCCUCUGACUCUGAUGAAGAUUCUGGUAACCUGCAGCCCAUUGCUAGUGCUAAAAAAUCUGCCUCUCGUAAACGGCUCAGAAAAGCUGCUAGCUCGGACGAGGAAAAUCAUGAAACACCGACUAUAACCGCGUCUCCAAAGUCAGCUUUCAGUUCAGAUAAAAAACGUGCUCGGCAAGUGCUCAGCUCUGAUAGUGAUAGUGAAAAAACUCCCAAACCUCAUUGCUCUCCUCCUAGUAGUAGAAAGGAAUCCUCUAAGAAAGUAUUCAGCUCUGACGAAGAAGAAACAUACCUACCAAAAUCUCAAAGCUCUUCUAUCACUGCUAACAAGCGCUCGAGGAGAGUACUAAGCUCUGAUGAGGAAGACUCAGAGGUACAGGAUGGCAAAGGAAGAACCUCAAGAAAGGAAGAACAAUCAAUCACGAUUAACAGUUCAGAUGAUGAAACUCCACUAAUUUCAAAGAGUAAGGCAGCAGAGCGUCAGAACGGUGGCACUAUUGAAAUACAUAGCUCUGAUAGUGAAACUUGUUCUUUCAUCAAAAACAAAACCAGUUCUAGUCUAAGUCCCGCUAUUGAAAUCAAUAGCUCUGAUGAUGAAACUUUCACUAGUCCCAAGAGCAAAGUCCCAGCACAUAGAAGUGAUAACACGCCCAAACGAGGAAUCAAAGUCAGAUCAGGAUCGGCCUCAAAAAUCACCCCUAAUAGUAAAACUUUGCCUGAGGCUUCGAGUAACACUCCAGGCAGUAGAAUGUCACUUUACUUGAAUUCAGAUUCAAAUGACUCGCCUGCAAGGAUAUUUUCACGUCCAGAUUCUGAUACGAACAACACUCCAGCCAAGAUGGUGCUGCAUUUGAAUUCAGACUCAAAUGACACCCCCAGCGCCAAAUUAUCCCUGCAUCUAGAUUCUGACUCUAAUCAAUCUCCACUCAAAUUAAACUCGAGUAGUUUCAACACUGUCAAUAAAACUAGGAAACUCCAAAUUGAUUCUGACUCUGACUGAACUCCUUAAAAUUGCUACGCAUUUUAUUUUCGAAGUUAUAAUUUCAUCAAUGUUAUGUUAACAAGCAAUAAAUGUCAUCAAUCUCUCAUGAUAAAUUAAAAUUAGGAAAAUGUAUAUCCUUGUAAUUUCGGUGUUAAAUGUUUUUUUUUAAUUUCUUUCACUAUUUAUAAUUUUUAAACAUAGUUAACUAAGAUGCCUUGCCUGUGAAUGUUUGUCUUGAGUCAUUGCAGUUUGACAUAGGAUGUCUUUCUAGAGGUAAUAUCACCAUAAGGUGUGCAUGUGAUAUUGUUCGGGAUUUUUCAACCUUUAUUUUAACUUUUCGCUCCACGAAAACUGAUAUUAUUGAAAUUUUCAGAAAUAGCUAAGCAUUAAUUGUUGAUUUUAUAGGUCUUUGAUUUCUUUUUGCUUUUUUUCUCAGUAUUUGUUGUGUAAAUUUUCAUCAUGCACUAUGAAAAUUUCUUUUCAUUUAUAAGUGUAUAUUUUUAGAAUAAUUUUUCAUUGGCCGAUUCAAAAAAAAAGAAAAUUUUGAAAUUUUUGCACGCUAGUCUUUAAAAUGCAACAUUCCCAGUUUCAUCCUAAAAGUAUUCUGUUUAACCGUACUAUUUUAUACCUCCCCCCCCUUCCCCCCCAAAAAUACUUUGAAAUAACCACAUAAGUCUUUCUAGAUCAUUGAUUCAAAUUAUAUUUUUGUCAUUUCAGUUUAAUAAAUUUUUAAUAAAAUUGACUAUUUAGAAUAUUA